GUCGGUCUGCGGGCAGCUCCCCGCGGGCGGACUGGGCACGGGGCUCCCUCCUCCAUCCCCACUGCGGGGCUCCCUCCUCCAUCCCCACUGCGGGGCUCCCUCGGGCCGGGCGCGGUAGGGCGGGCGGCGGGGUGUGGCGGCGCCUUUGUUCCAAACCUUGGCCUGUGGUUGGGGGUCCUGCGGCUGGGACCCGCCCCUGACCCCUCCCUGCCCAGAGGGGCUGUCUUUGGGUGCAGAAGGAGCUGGUGGGGUCCAGCCGGGUGACCCAGACCGAGGCCGGCAGAAGACAGCCUGAUGCCUUGAAGACUUCCUCUUGCACUUUUGUUGGAGGGUGCUGGUUUGCUAAAAGCAGAAAGUAUUUUUCUUUUUAUUUAUUUUGUUUUUAAUUUUUUAAUUUUAGCUCCAGCUCAGUUGCCCAGACUGGAGAGCAGUGGCCAAUCAUAGCUUACUGCCUCCUGGAACUCCUGGCUCAAUCGAUCCUCCUGGAUUAGCCUCCUCCGGGUACUAUAGGUGUGCACCACCAAGCUCAGCUAAUUAUUUUUUAGAGAUGGUGGUCUCUAUAUGUUGCCCAGGCAGGCCUUGAACGCCUGAGCUCAAGUGAUCCGCCUGCCUUGGCCUCCCAAAGUGCUGGGAUUACAGGCGUGAGCCACUGCGUCCGGCUAUUUUAUUUAUUUAUAGAGACAGUGUCUCACUUUGUUGCCCAGGCUGGAGUGCAGUGGUACGAUCAUAGACCACUGCAGCCUCAAACUCCUGGGCUCAAGUGAUCCUCCUGCCUCAGCCUCCUAGAGCAGCUGGGACUACAGAUGCACCCCACCAUGCCUGACUAAUUAAAAAAAAUUUUUUUUUAGAGAUAGGGUCUUGCUAUGUUGCCCUGGCUUAGUUUUCUUUAUGUAUGUUUUUUGGGGUUGGAGCUGUAGUGGAAGCAGUCCCAGCCCCACUGGGCAUCUGGGUCUGACCUUAGCUGCUCCACUAAGGGCUUAACAGGACACUGGCCACAGGCCUGCUCCCAUCCAACUCCACUGGGGCCACAGGAGGGACCCUACCCAGGAUGGAGUGAGGGCAGGCACAGACCAAACAGUGCAGGGUGGGGGGGUACUGUUCACUGGGACAAGAGAUGAGGAAGAUGCUGUAUUUAAGUGGGCAAUGAGGGUGCCUAGCAGAAGAGGAGACUCUUAACCUGGGUCUUGAUGGAUGAGUAGAAGUUCUCUGCAUGGGAAGGGGUGGAGGUCAUUUCAGGCAGAGGAGGAAGCAUUAAACAGCAUGGUGUAUCUCAAGGAGAGCAGCUGGAGCAUGACUUCAUGGCGGCUGAAGAGAUGCAUUGGCCUGUCCCUAUGAAGGCCAUUGGUGCCCAGAACCUGCUAACCAUGCCUGGGGGCGUGGCCAAGGCUGGCUACCUGCACAAGAAGGGUGGUACCCAGCUGCAGCUGCUGAAAUGGCCCCUGCGCUUUGUCAUCAUCCACAAACGCUGCGUCUACUACUUCAAGAGCAGCACCUCCGCCUCCCCGCAGGGCGCCUUCUCCCUGAGUGGUUAUAACCGGGUGAUGCGGGCGGCUGAGGAGACCACGUCCAACAACGUUUUCCCCUUCAAGAUCAUCCACAUCAGCAAGAAGCACCGCACGUGGUUCUUCUCGGCCUCCUCCGAGGAGGAGCGCAAGAGCUGGAUGGCCUUGCUGCGCAGGGAGAUUGGCCACUUCCACGAAAAGAAAGACCUGCCCUUGGACACCAGCGACUCCAGCUCGGACACAGACAGCUUCUACGGCGCAGUUGAGCGGCCUGUGGAUAUCAGCCUUUCCCCGUACCCCACGGACAAUGAAGACUAUGAGCACGACGAUGAGGAUGACUCCUACCUGGAGCCCGACUCCCCGGAGCCCGGAAGGCUUGAGGAUGCCCUGAUGCACCCACCGGCUUACCCACCACCCCCAGUGCCCACACCCAGGAAGCCAGCCUUCUCUGACAUGCCCCGGGCCCACUCCUUUACCUCCAAGGGCCCCGGUCCCCUACUGCCACCCCCGCCCCCUAAGCACGGCCUCCCAGAUGUUGGCCUGGCUGCUGAGGACUCCAAGAGGGACACACUGUGCCCGAGGCGGGCUGAGCCUUGCCCCAGGGUACCUGCUACCCCCCGAAGGAUGAGCGAUCCCCCUCUGAGCACCAUGCCCACCGCACCCGGCCUCCGGAAACCCCCUUGCUUCCGGGAGAGUGCCAGCCCCAGCCCGGAGCCCUGGACCCCUGGCCACGGGGCCUGCUCCACUUCCAGUGCUGCCAUCAUGGCCACUGCCACCUCCAGAAACUGUGACAAACUCAAGUCCUUCCACCUGUCCCCCCGAGGACCACCCACAUCUGAGCCCCCACCUGUGCCAGCCAACAAGCCCAAGUUCCUGAAGACAGCUGAAGAGGACCCCCCAAGGGAGGCAGCCAUGCCUGGACUCUUUGUGCCCCCCGUGGCUCCCCGGCCUCCUGCGCUGAAGCUGCCCGUGCCUGAGGCCAUGGCGCGGCCCGCAGUCCUGCCCAGGCCAGAGAAGCCGCAGCUCCCGCACCUCCAGCGAUCACCCCCCGAUGGGCAGAGUUUCAGGAGCUUCUCCUUUGAAAAGCCCCGGCAACCCUCGCAGGCUGACGCUGGCGGGGACGACUCAGACGAGGACUAUGAGAAGGUGCCACUGCCCAACUCGGUCUUCGUCAACACCACGGAGUCCUGCGAAGUGGAAAGGUUGUUCAAGGCCACAAGCCCCCGGGGAGAGCCCCAGGAUGGACUCUACUGCAUUCGGAACUCCUCUACCAAGUCGGGGAAGGUCCUGGUUGUGUGGGACGAAACCUCUAACAAAGUGAGGAACUAUCGCAUUUUUGAGAAGGACUCUAAGUUCUACCUGGAGGGCGAGGUCCUGUUUGUGAGUGUGGGCAGCAUGGUGGAGCACUACCACACCCACGUGCUGCCCAGCCACCAGAGCCUGCUGCUGCGGCACCCCUACGGCUACACUGGGCCUAGGUGAUGCCAGUCCAUGUGGCUGCCAGGCCAAGGCAGUCACAGGGGCCCUGACCCCAGGCCACACAGACGGACACGGGCCCACAUGGGAGGGUGAGCAGGAGCAAGGCCGUGCUUGCCUAGGGCCUCUGUGAUGGACAUUUCGUAGGACCCAGCCAGUCUCAUCCAGCAGGCUGGGUUCUAGGGCUGAACCAGGCGCCAGGCUCCAGAGGACGAAGGGACUCUGUUGCCCCACACUAACUUGCCCUGUCCCAAUCCCAGAAACCCAGGACCAAGCUGUGCCUGGGCUCCAAGGACAGGAACACUGGUCCCCCCAUCACACUCACCCCUAAGUGGGCUGGGAGCCAGGCAGGGCCAGGGCAGCUGGGUGGGGGCCGGGGCUGGCCCUGGGACCCCCAGGAACGCUAAGACACAGGUUCCAGUAGGGGCUGUUGCCUCCAAUAAAGCAGCAGUGAGCUUUGCCUUGGUGGCUGGGGCUUGAUUGGGAAGGAGGGGAUUACCAGCUUACUGGGUGCCCAUGCUGAUGUCUAAGUGGUGACCGCAGCAGUACCCGGGAACCCCAACAGUUGGUUGUCUUGUCUUCCAGGGUGCAGGUCACUGAGUGACUUCCCCAGGGUGCACAGCGAGUAACAGAUCAGGACCCAAACUUGGGCAGUCUGGGCUGGGAGCCCACACCCCACUCACCAGUUCUGCUGCCUCAGGUCAGGCCAGGGCAGUGCUGCUGCAGAGCUAGAAGGCCCUGCAGCUACAGCUGCUUCAUUCCCUGCAUUAGUGCCUGGUUACUGGGUACCUCCUGAGUGGCUGUCCCCGUUCCAGAACUUGCAUACACUGAGCGGGCUACAGAGCUAGAAGGCCCUGCAGCUACAGCUGCUUCAUUCCCUGCAUUAGCGAGCAGUUAUUGGGUACCUCCUGCAUGCGUGGUCCCAUUCCAGACAGGGGCCUCUGGCCUGGCUGAGUUCACAGCCCAGUCUGGGGACAGCUGGGUAUGAGGUGCUUACGGCACAGUGUCCAGGGCAGCUGGGUGUGCAGGGACUGGGGGCUCCAGGAAGAUUUUUUGGAGGAAGUAACAGCUAUGAUGGGAUGGGAACAGUGGACCCUAAGCAGGCCAAGGGUGCGUAGGGACGGUGGUACCCAGAUGCCCAAGUCUUCCAGGCAAUACCUGGCUCAGGCCCAGCCCCAAUCCAUCCCCUUACUUUCUGCCAUGGAGUUCCAGCAGGUCACUCUCCCUGGCACACCUUCCAGGCUGGAUUUUUAAUGAAACAGACUCGGGGAGGUAGGGGCUGGCAGGGACCCUAGAAUCCUUGUGAUUUUUCUUAGCACUUUAUGUCAGGGAAACCUAAACUGAGGUCAGCACUUGGGCCCACUGACAGUGACUGACUGGGGGAGAAGGUCCUGCAGCCCCCUUCCCCUGGGUGUGUUCUGGGGACCUGUGGUUUGCUGGCGGAAACAAGUGAUGAGGCUGGUUAGCGGAUGUGGGAGGCUGUGACCCCAGGGGGCCAUAGGGUGCGGUGGAACUGCAGGCCCUGCAGAUGACGGCAGCCAGCUGCUUCCAGGAACCAGGUGUCCAAGGCCACCUCUGCAGGGGUUUCCUCUUCAGCCUGCCUGGGGUGAGAGGUCAGUGCACCACAGCCGAGGCUGGAGCACAGGGAGCUUCUGUUGUUCUGAUCUAUCUCUGGAAAACCAGCCAUUCCUCCUCCCUGCAGUCAGAAUUCUUUGCCCUGUCUGACCUGAACUUGCUUAGGGAGUCAUGCCACUCCCCACUGUGGCCAUAGUUUCUCUUCCUGUAAAAUUUUAUUAUUUUAGUUUUUUGUUUUUGAGAUGUAGUCUCACCCUGUCGCCCAGGCUGGAGUGCAAUGGCGUGAUCUCUGCUCACUGCCACCUCCACCUCUCUAGUUCAAGCGAUUUUCCUGCCUCAGCCUCCCGAGUAGCUGGGAUUCCAGGCGCCCGCCACCACGCCUGGCUAAUUUUUUGUAUUUUUAGUAGAGACGGGGUUUUAUCAUGUUGGCCAGGCUGGUCUCGAACUCCUGACCUCAGGUGAUCUGCCCACCUUGGCCUCCCAAAGUGCUGGGAUUACAGGCGUGAGCCACUGUGCCUGGCCCCUUCCUGUAAAAUUUUUAAAUGGAGAAUUGGGUGCGAGAUGUGGUUUCCAGCCUGGUGCCUGGGGUGCUGAGCUAGUGAGUGGUGCAGUCCAGGACACCUUUGCUUUAUCUCACUUACACGGUCAUCUGGAGGAGCUCAAGUGGCUAAAGCAUCCUGGGGCCCAGAGCCAGGUGAUAGGUCCCUCUGGCCAACUGGACAGUUGAGGCCUGUGGUUACCCGAAGCCCAGCUGGGGCCCUGGUCCAGCCUUGCCUCCCAGACUCUGCACCUGCUAGCACAGCUGUCCACCUCUGUGUGAGCUGCUCUAGGCCGAGGGCCUCAGUUUCAAGAGUGUGUUGGGGUGGGAUAGGGGCAGGCCGUGGUCCUCCAGCAUGAAGAAGGAGCCAUGAGGAGUUGCCAUGACCUCCCGAGACUUGCCAUAGAUGUUCUAGUCCACAUAUAAGGGUAGGGUUGGGAUUACCAUUUACUGACCACAUCUGUGAGGUGCCGAGCUGGGUGCUUGACAUCAUUUGCUUGGAGAAGCAGCUGCUAUUAGACCCAUUUUACAGGUGAGAGAACCAAGUCUCACAGAGGCCUGGGUUCAAGUCCCACCUCUGCCACUAACUGGCAUGUGACCCUAUCUAUCCUUCACUGCUCUGAGCCUAGACCUUGGCCCCUGCCUGGCUCCCUGCCAGGCUCCCUGCCACCCCUCACGACCUCUGAUGGUCAUUGUGGGGGUCUCUUGCCUGGCUCCCAGGGCUAGGGUAAGGGCUCUGGAGGUGCUUUCACUCAACCAAGGGGGCCACAGCACUGGGGAGUGAAACUGCCCCGCCUCACCCUGCGUUGCCCUCUGGGUCUGUGAGGGUGGGCUGGCAGGAGGCCUAGGCCCUGCCCUAGGGGCAGUCCUGCUUCCUCAUUUUAUAGGUAGGGAAACUGAGGCUUUGAGAGGACUCACUGACAUACCUACCUUCAAGAUGAGUUCAGGUGGGCUCAGUUCUGGGGCUUGGGAAAAGGGCCCCAGUGGCUUUGGGAAGCACCCCCAGCCCAGGGUGAAACAUGCUUCUUCUCUUCCUGUGGUUCCAUCCGAAGGAUUGUGGUGAGCCCCGUGCCUUCCGUUAAUAAAGAUUUGUAUUGUGAAAA